UAGAGAUAUUAUGCGACUACUUCCGGGAAAUACAAACAGCAUAACAGAUGUCGAAGGAGUAAGAGUAGGUUCAGUGGAACACGAAACACUUUUGACUGGAACUACAGUAGUUGUACCAACGAAAGCUUGCACUACUGGAGUUUCUGUGUCUGGUGGUGCCCCAGGCUCUCGUGAAACUGAUGCGCUUCGUUCUGACUGUUUAGUGGGUUUAUCUCAUGCGGUAUUUCUUUCUGGUGGUUCAGUCUUUGGUUUGGAUGCAGGUUCUGGUGUCACUCAAGUUCUUACUGAACAAGGACAAGGUUUUAAUGCAUUUCGUCCACACGGAGUGCCUGCAGUUCCUAUAGUUCCUGGUUGUGUACUGUUUGAUUUAGGAAAUGGAGGAAACUGGAAAGAGAACGACGAGUUUAUUUCUCCCUAUCAAGAAUUGGGAAAGAAGGCUUGUUUGCAAGCGUUACGACAAAGGCCUUUUGCAAGUAUUCGUCUAGGAAAUGUUGGAGCUGGAACAGGAUCGAGAGCUGGAGCAUAUAAAGGAGGUUUAGGAAGUGCUUCUGCUAUAGAAGAAAAUGGUCAACUGCAAGUAGGAGCUCUAAUGGCAGUUAACUCCUACGGUUCUCCAGUUAUUCCAGGUUCCGAUAUUCUUUGGGCUUCUUUUUGGGAACAGAACAGAGAAAUGGGUGGAAUGAAAGAACAAUUGUAUCAUUCUUUUCAGUCAAAAUUUUCUAUACCUAUAGGGAUAGUCGAAGAUUGCAAAUCUUCUAUGACAGUGCACGAAAACACAGUAAUAGGUGUGGUUGCAACCAAUGCAGCUUUAUUUCCUGCAGAAGCAAAACGAGUUGCUAUCAUGGCACAUGAUGGUAUUGCACGAAGUAUAAAGCCUUCCCAUACAUUAGUAGAUGGUGAUGCGAUAUUUGUAUUAGCAACAGGAAACUAUUCUUUGCCAACUUUUCAAGAAGGUAAUAUUCAUCGAGCUAGAGUAGUUUCUUUAAUAGGAGCUAUUGCAGCGGAUUGUGUGACGAGGAGUAUUGGGAGAGCUAUGUGGGAGGCAAAGAGUAGCGGUAUGUAUUUAUCCUAUAGAGACUAUUUUAAAAAAGAAUAGUAUGAAAUCUAUAUUGUUACAUGAUACUUCAACACUGUCAUACUAUUCAGGACAACUUGAGUUUUCUUGUUCAUGUGGUUUCUCCUGUUGUAGUUGAAAUACCCUUCUUCUUUCUUCAAGUUGAGAAAGUGAACUGCCGAGUAUCUCAAAAGUACCCAAUAUAUCCGUGAGACUUGCAAGAAUAUUAUCGAGAUUCUAUUUAAAAUAAAAAGAAUAUUUCUAUCUAGUUCUUUGUUGUGCCUUACCUGGCCUACUCUCAAAGCAUGUUGUUUCUUUUGUUGUUUGAAUGAAUCCAUGGAAAGACAAUAAUUGGGCGGGUUAAGAGGAGAACGUCGAAUAGAUAUGUUUUGUCAAAAAUGAGGUUGUUUCCAAUAGAAAAGAAUGGCUUCUAUUCAAAAUGAAGCAACUUUAUCUAGUCUUUCACAGUACUCUCAAUCUCCUGUUUUCUUUUUAAUAUUAAAGAAGAUAUCGGAAAU